AGAAAAAAGGGGGCAGGGAAGGGAAACGCCCUUUAAUAAUUAAGGCAACCAAUCACAGUGUAGCCCGCCUCCUGCAUAAGGAGACAAGACAGUGGGGAACACAGGAAGAUCCUGAGGUAAAUUAAACAGCAGGCAGAACACAGAGAAGAAAAAAAGGGGGGGGGAGAGGGAAACGCCUCCUUUAUAAUUAAGGCAACCAAUCACAGCGCAGAUCACCUCGUGCAUGAACAGACAAGACAGUGGGGAACAUAGGAAGAUCCUGAGGAGCAACACGCAGGAGCUGAGCCUGGCCAUGGCUGAAAACAUUGUGGAGACCCCAGCCCUGGGCCGCCCCUUCCAGCUGGGGAUGCUGUACGACUGCCGUACGGAUGUGCUCAUCCCAGGUGUCACCCUUUGGAACCCCCUCUCUCUGCAGAAGCACCUGACCAUUAAGCCUCAGCCCAAGACCGAAUUGGAAAUCAUUGCAUCCGACACCAUUGAUGACAAGGCCAAUGCUCUGGACAUUUCAGGAUCCCUCAAGGCCAGUUUCCUGGCAGGCCUGGUUGAAGUGGAAGGAUCAGCCAAGUAUCUUCAUGAUACCAAGAAGUCCAAGCAACAGGCCAGAGUCACCGUUAGGUACAAAACCACCACCAGGUAUGAGCAGCUGACAAUGAACCAUCUAGGAACCCAGAAAGUUUCCCAUCCAGAAGUCUUUGAGCAUGGCACGGCCACCCAUGUGGUCACUGCAAUUCUUUUUGGAGCCCAGGCUUUCUUUGUCUUUGACCGAGAGGUUUCUUCAACAGAGAUGAUAAAAAAUAUAGAAGGAAACAUCCAUCUUGCAAUCAAGAAGGAGAUAUCAAUCACGGGAGAAGCAGAGGCCAAACUAAACAAGGAGGAGAAAGAGAAUGCUCUGAAGUUCAGUUGCACAUUCCAUGGAGAUUUUUCUCUGGAGAAAAAUCCAGUCACUUUCCAAGAUGCCAUGAAAGUUUACGAAACUCUACCAAAAAUGUUAGGGAAAGAUGGGGAGAAGGCUGUUCCUGUGCGGGUCUGGCUCUACCCGCUGACCAAGCUCAACACCAAAGCAGCUAAGAUGGUCCGUGAGAUCAGCCUAGAAUUGGUCUUUGAUGCUGAGAAGAUCUUGGAGGAACUCAAUGAAAUCCAGAUGCAAAGCAAUGAUCUAGCCAACGAUCCCAUUGCCGAGACCUUCCCUGAGAUCAAAGAGAAGAUCCAGCAGUUCAAGGAUCUGUGCAAGCAACACAGGCAAACUUUCCAGAAACAACUGGCCAGAGUGUUGCCUUCCAUCCGGGGAGGAGGCCAGGAGGAAGGGACCCUGGUGGACAUCUUGACGUCCAUCAACCGGUCACCCUUCAAUAGCCGAAGACUCCGUGAAUUUCUAGACACCAAGAAAAGAGAAAUUAACUUUGUCAGAUCUUAUCUAAUGAUUCUAAGUGGAAUACAAAUUAUCUCUUCCCAGAACAAGAUGGAAGAAAUAGUUCUUGACCCUCAAAAUUUAUACGUGGUCUCCUUUGUAUUCACUUUCUUAUAUGAAGAGGAGCCAUUUCUGUUGAGCUUACAGGACAAGCUUCAGGAGCGAUUCUUGCAAGAAUCAGCUAAGUCCACAAGAUCCACUCCAGAGGUCAAGAAAGGCAUGGCCUGGUUUGAGGACCAGGAGAGGACCCACAAUGCUCGCCAAGCGGCCAAAUCCAUGAAAGACUUUUUCAGUGUCAACCAAUCGAAUGAGAAGGUCCGCUUUGUCGUGGCCUCACUCCCAGAUGUGGACAUCCCAGGAGCCUCAAUAUACCUUUAUGAAGAUGGAAAGCUGGUCAGCAAGAACUUUGAGUUGCCUUCAAAACCUCUCCCUUUGCAGAUUACUGAAUCGAGACACAACAGCAUUCAGCUGAAGUUUCAGCCAGCUGAAUAUGGCAAGGCUUCCACCUCCAGCUAUCUGGUAGAGUACAAGAUUGCAGAGGAAGAGAAUUGGAAGACCGUGAGGACAGAGAACACCAGCAAGGUCUUCCUGCUGAAAGAUCUGCCUCCAAACACAGAGUACCAGUUCCAGUAUGCUGCUUGUUGCAAGCUUGGAUUUAGUAAAUCCAGUGACCUGAGCCCACCCAUAAAGACUCUUUCCACCAGCCCUCCUGAGAAAUUAAGAAAGGUCACUGCAGCAUCUUCUGUCAUCUCUGUGGCCUGGAUGAGUCCCAGCAUCGUUGCCUCAGGAGUUAUGGUCAAGGAGUACAAAGUGGAGUACAGAAUGGUAGAGGCUGGAGUUGGGAAGGACGAGUGGACUGGAAAAAGGACUGGGAGAAAAACAGAGUUUUACCCCAUCGAAGGUCUGAAGCCCCAGACGGCAUAUAGAAUACGGGUGUCAGCCGUGUGUGACAAUAGAGCUCUGGGUGUCCCCAGUGAGGAGGUGGAAGUCUCCACAUCACUGGAGGAAGAAGAUGCAGGCAACGUCGCCCGCCAGUUCCUUCAGGGAAGCUCCCCGGUGGAGGACACACAUCCGUUAGUGUUCGCUCUUCCUCUGAAGAAAGUCCCUUCAGAUGCCUCCAGCUCCUGUCUCAUAUACCAGCUUGGAAAGGAGAACCCAAAAGUGCCGAACAAAGUGAUCCUGAUGAUAGGAGCACUAUGGGCUGGCAAAACCACACUGAUCAACGGGAUGAUCAAUUAUAUUCUGGGCGUCCAGUGGGGAGAUAAUUUCAGAUUCAAACUGAUUCACGAAACCACCCCGAGAAGCGAAGCUGGAAGCAGGACGUCUGAAGUCACUGUCUAUGUGGUGCACCAUCAGGAGGGUUUCCGGAUUCCCUAUUCUCUCACAAUCAUUGACACUCCAGGAUUUGGAGGCAGAAGAGACGCAGAGCAAGACAAACUGGUUGAAAAGCAGCUCCGAGAAUUUUUCUCCGCCCCAGGGGGCAUUGACCACGUUGAUGCCAUUUGCAUGGUGGCCCAGGCCUUCCUUGCCCAUUCAGUUCAUGCCCAGAAAUGCAUCUUUGAUUCCAUGCUCUCCCUGUUGGGAAAAGACGUGAAGGAUAACGUCCAGCUCCUGAUCACCUUUGCUGAUGGGGGAACCGCACCUAUCCUGGAGGCCCUCAAGGAGGCUGACCUGCCUUGUGAUCGGGACAAGUCGGGAACCCCUCUGCACUUCAGAUUCAACCAUUCAUCCCUCUUUACUCACGGAGAAAGUGGAGGAAGUCAUAAUGCUGCUGCUGAAAUAUACUGGAAAAUGAGCACCAACAGCAUGAAGAACUUCUUUGACUCACUAAUGUUGCUGGAAACCAAAAGGUUAACUUUGACCAUGGAGAUCCUCAAGGAACGUCUGGAGAUGGAAGCUGCUCUUAGAAGACCUCCCUCUCUAAAGGUUGAACCAGUCGAACCAAAUAGUUUCCAGAUCAGGAUUGACCCAGUCGCCAUUGGGAAGCCUUCAGUCUCCUGGUACCAGGUGGAAUAUCGGAUUGCAGGGCAGAAUUGGAAGAGUCUCCAUACUGAAGGCCCUAAAGAUCAAUUCACCCUGGAGGAUGUCCAACUAAAUCUUCAGUUCCAAUUCCGAUGUGCAGCUAUGACUGAAUUUGGGCUCGGUCAAUGGAGCGAGGAGAUCACUUGCAUCUAUCCGAGGGGGAGGCCUGCAGAGAAAUCUCAGGUUAUGUGCUGUGCGGCUGGUCUGCAUAUGACUGUACGCAUCCAAGGGUCUGAACAGAGGAUCGUCCUUGUGGGCAGAAGCGGAAAUGGGAGAAGUGCGACGGGAAACACAAUUCUGGGAAGCAACGUCUUUAAAAGUUACAUGUCAAUUACAUCAGUAACAAAAGCAUGUCAAAAGGAGGACACACAGCUAAAUGGCAGGAAGGUUGUGGUUGUUGAUACGCCUGCCUUUUUCGAUCUCAGUCUUCCACCCAACUACGUUGUUGCAGAAGUGAGGAAGUGCGUGAAGUUUUGCUCCCCAGGUCCCCACGUCAUUCUGCAUGUGAUGCUUCCUGGUGAUUUCACUCAGGAGGAGGAGCAGGUGCCUCAGCUGAUCAAAGAGAUUUUUGGCCUUAAAGCCAAAAAUUACAUCAUCCUUUUGUUCACCCACAAAGAGGAUCUGGAAGGUACCUCUAUCGAAAAUGUCAUAGCUGUAUCUGAUAAAAAACUGCAGCAAUAUGCUGCUGAAUGUGGGAACCGGUUCCUGGCUUUCAACAACAAGGCCGAAGGGGCAGAACGAGAGGCUCAGGUGGCCAAACUGAUGACCAUGAUUGAUUGUCUGGUGGAAACAAACAGAGAUGCUCCUUGUUACACGGAAGAGAUGAUGAGCUUCAACGAAAGACACAACUUCUGAUUUUUUUUUCCUUUCCAACAGAGGUCAGAAAGUUUCUUUAAUUGAGCCUCAGCUCCCAAGGUGGCAACUCUGCCAAAUGCCACAGCCCUUCCGUUCUGUGUUCUAAUCCAGCUCUUGCCAUGUGACCUCUGAAGAACCCAGGCCAGAGAUUCGUGGCUGAGUUCCACUCAGCCGAUUCCUUCUCUUGAGAAUCCGCUUCCUCCCCCUUGGAUGACAGGACUUUUUUCAAGGGCAUGGGAAGAUCCUGCCCACCCGUCCCAGGAUCAGUAAGUCCCACAGCCGAAUUCUCUCCCAUCCUGGACCCGUGUCCUUUAGGGAGGACCAGGUCUUUGGGGCUUCCCACCUGUCUGUCCUUCGAGGUAGACCAGGCCGGGAAGCCAACAACACAAGAAAUGUUAGAGCUCAACUUUACGGGGAGAGCAGGAGAAUCUGGAGAGCACUCCUUCUGGCACCAAAGAGCAUCAAGCCAGGGCAGCCUUGAGCUUCUUUCUCACCCCUUCCUGUUAUCCUGGAGCGGAUUCGUUUUUUCCUAUCAGCUGCCACAUAUUUUCUGCAAGGCUGAGACUGUACUCCUCUACAUCAGGGCUCUCCAACUCAUGGGCUGUGGACUGAUACCGAUCUAUGGUCCACCAGGAACUGGGCUGCGCAAGUGGUCAAAGUCCCAUUCCUGCAUGGGUGGGAUCCAGGCAGCAUGUGAAACCAAGGCCCCCUGUUCCAUGGAAAAAACACCUUCCACGGAACUGGUCCCUGGUGCCCAAAAGGUUGGGGGGCGCUGCUCUACACCACCUUCCAGAGACAACACCUAGACUCACUAGGACGGUCAUGACUGUUUCAAUCAGAGACCUUCUUAUUAAAUCUCUUUCCUUACAAAAGUUUGUUUGUUUGUUUGUUUGUGUGUGUGUGUGUGUGUGUGUGUGUGUCAGGGGGACUAAUGAACCUCAGCCUAACCAGCUCUGUCUGCAAUGUGAUCCAAAGGCAGAGGAGAACGGGGAUGUUGUCCAAUCGUCCUGGAGAAAGGGGGACAUGGAAUUCGUGUCAGAUUAUACUCGAGGGAUGGAGCAGAAUGCAGGGUAUCCCCCGUAGCUUUUCACACUGGCUCCAGGAAGGGGGUCUGAGGAAAUCAGGCUCCUGCUGGGUCCUUCCCAUCUCUUAGUGUCUGUCAGCUCCACUCCAGAUGCUUCUCUUCGCCGACUUGCUUCUGGUCUCCUGGUCAAGCAAGAGGAAGAAGGACACAUGCCCAGCAGCCAAAUUUGCAGCAGGACGUUCGGAUUUGUCAACCUCUUCUCCAAAGCCCCUGAAGGCCGGACAAGAAGCAACGGAUGGAAACUAACCAAAGAGAGAAGCAACCUGGAA